CAGCGGACAAGUCGAUAAUGGCAAAGGAACGGAUGGACGUCAUUCUAUUUCGAACGAAAAGCCUCGGAAAAUACUGGAGCUUUGGCAUCGACAUAGUGGAGGUCAACGGAGAGAACAGGAGGUUUAUCAUGGUCGAGAAAGUGAAGAGCGGCAGCCCCGCCGAGGCUUCGCACGUGCUCGAGGGUGACGUCAUCGUGGCUGUGAACGGGCAAGACAUCGGCCACCUGCCCAUCGCCGAGGUGCGGCGGCGGAUGCACGAGUGCGGUGACCAGCUAGUGGUGACAGUGCUGUCGUCCAGCGCGUUCAGGCUGCUCGAGUCACGGCGCGACUGGGACCAGAUCCUCAAGGCUGCCGGCCAGGACACGCUGCAGUUGCGGCCCAUCAAGACCGCCUGCGGUGGAAGCGGCAAUUUCGGCUUCAAGGCCUUCGAGGCCAAGGCAUGGAACGAGCAAAGGAAGGCGUUCGUGCACUGCCACGUCAUCCAGAAGGUCAGUCCCGUAUUACAAAGGGUUGCAGCGUCAACAAAGGCCUUGAAAACGCUGUACUAA